GAUAUUUGAAUUUCCCUUACAGGAAUAAGAUUCUGAGACGAUGGAGGAAGGUGUAUUAGCUUUUGUUUGGUGGUGCAUCAAUACACCUUCCUCCAUCGCCCCCUGCUGGUCGCUCUAGACGGCAGUAUGUAAAGGCGUGGCCAGUCAUAUUUGUGGCAGUUACCUGAAAGCAACAAGAUUAAAGGACGCUGCUGGCGGCGUCCACUUUAAUCGACACAGAAGCAAACAACAUGGUGGAACAAACAAGACAGCCGGGUCGCGUCGUCUCCCCCCAGGCUGGACCUGGCGAGGUGGGCGCUGACGCCCUGUUUGACGUGAACCUCAGGAUAAACGACAGAGCUGCACGAGCCUACGGGCGCUGGUUGGCCCAGAUCGGAGAUCAGCUGGAGCGGGAGCGGACCGGCGGAAGACCAAACCGUCUACCGACUCCUCUUCGCAUGCUGCGACCCGCUCAGGCACUGACCAGGACCAUUUAUCGAGAUAUCCACAGUCAGUUGUGGGGCAUCCAGGGCCUGUCUGCGGCGGUGAAGGCCUGGAUAGCGAGCGUGGCCCCGGGGCCCCUACGAGCAGACGCCCGGGUAUUCAGUUUGAAACCAGUAACCUGCACUGGCUGGACCAGAGGAGCACUGGUGGCUGCGGCACUGGUGGCUGCAGUGACCGUUUUCGGUGCACUCUGGAUGGAAUGGAAAGCCAAAUAAAAGGCCACCAGGAGGGCUUUUAGGCCAUUAUAUAUUUGACCAAAAUAUGUUUGCAAAAUGAAUGACAAUUAUUGCUGUUUGAUUUCGCUUUUUAUACUUUUUGAAAGAUGUCUUGAAUUUGAAACAAAAUAACCAUAAAUAAGAUUUUAAAAAGGAAAACUGUAAAAUGUGUAAAAACAUGGGGCAAUUGUUUUUGCAGUUUUCCCCCGGAGAGGUGGCCAGCGUAUUGUAGCAGUUAUGUGUUGGUUCAGAGUUGUAUUAAAAUGUCAAAAAAAGCACGUUUCCCAUGACAGGACUGCUGCUGGCCUGCAGUCAUUUGUAUCCAGAUUAGUUUCCUACUGGCCUAAGAGGCCAACAUUUUUACAUAAGUCUGGCUUAAUAAUAAUUAAAAAAAAAAAAUUUAAGGGAGCUGGACUUUCUGUUUCAGGUUUGAAUCUUUUUUCAUGCAAAUAAACCUUAAAAUGACA